AUGUCCAUCACAGGUGCUUCUCAGGCUCAUGUCGUCAUCCCCGUCUCCAUCACGAAUCUGGUCCUCAACCUUCUCCAAGCCCACCCCAAUCUACACGCCUCCCUCCUUGUCAGCCCCGCCGCCGCCGCCCAAGUUCAGCGCAACCUUGUCCAGCUCACCGCAUUCCUCGGUCUCGACUCUGUCGAUCAGCUGAAGGCGGGCUAUGAGGCGGUUGUUGACCGACUGCAGCUCGUCGAGUGCUGUACCAAGGGCUUUGAGCCCUCACCCGUUUUGAGUGCUUCAAGCGCUCAGAUGGAAGCCAAAGACUUUUCUGAGGCUCUCCCGGGUGCUCUUGCUUCGUUAUACCACAGCUCUAGGCAAGCCGAGGGUGUGGAAACAAGUUUGCGAGCAUCAAGCCUACUUCCAUUAUCUACGACAUUCUUUGUUCCCGAGAUCACCCGCGCCGUGCUCAAUGACAGCAACAUUCCUCUUCCUCCCCUCGUCGCAUUCAUGCCGACCAACUCCAUUGGCGCCUACCAUGUAAUGACGUCCGAGGACAAGGGUGGUGCUUUUGCCCGCCUCGAUCGCCUCACCAAGGAGGAGAUCGCCAAGGGAUCCACACCGAAGGAGGCUUACCAAAAGUACACCAACGUCUUUGACGGCAAGGUGAUCAAUCUCCCUGGCCCCCCGCCCAAACGAGUACGGACCUCAUACGUGCUGUCUUCCUGGUGCCCCGAGACUCUAAUAGGUGUUACCAAGGCCUCCGUGGGUGUGCGAGACUCAUCGGUAACUGGCCUGAUCUUGACAGGGUCGGAGAUUGGUGCUGAAGGUGCGGACGCUUUGGCUGCUGACUGGGGCAGGGAUCUCUACAUUGUCGGUCCCCAGGCGCCUGCUCAAAUUUGGGGUGGAAAGACUGCUAGCAAGGCUGCUACUCCCGAUGACGCGAAGGCUUUCAAGUUUUUGGACGACAUGAAGGCUAAAUAUGGUCCCAAGUCUGUUGCGUACAUCAGUCUGAGCACCCUCUUCUACCCACUCCUCGGGCCCGAGAUCAUGCGGUCGAUCCUCAAGGGCUUACGCGAAGCCAAGAUCCCCUUCCUCUUCGCCCACUCUUCCGCUGUUUUACUCACACCUACCGAGUUGAUCAACGAGUUUGAAGGGGAUGAGGAUGUGUGUAUUGUCAAGCACGCUCCUCAAGUUUCUGUUCUGGCGAACGAGGCUACAAGGUUCUUUGUCGCCGAGAUUGCCGCUCAGCUCGAACAAGCCGGUAUCGCUAUCGACUUGAAGCAGACCAAGACUUUCAAGGACCCUGCGCACAACAAGCUCUAUGACGGUACUGUGAUCGUCGGUACAGAGCAGGCUAUCAAGGAGGAGCUGGCUUCUGUCUUUGAAGCGUUGAAGGGUGCCGAGUAUGAGAAGAUGGUCCGGAAGUUGGGUGAGAUCCGGGCUGCUGUAGAGAAGGACAAGGAUGAGGGGAAGGCCAAGGAGGCCAUGGAGGCCUUGGGCAAGCUGGGUCUUUCUGCUUAG